CAACCAUCCUAUUCCGCCCCCCAACCAUCCUAUUCCGCCCCUGCUCCAACCUACGAGGAACCUAAGGAAGGGAUGCCCUUUGACUUCGAGUUCGCCGUGAACGACCAGUACAAGGGCCUCGACUUCGCCCACGACUCCGAGUCCGACGGAAAUGUUGUCAAGGGCGAGUACCACGUCCUCCUCCCCGACGGUCGCACUCAGAUCGUCACUUACACCGCCGACGCCUACAACGGAUACCAGGCUGAGGUCACUUACGAGGGCGAAGCCCAGUACCCGGAGCCCCAGCCUUACACGCCUGCCCCUGCUUACUCGGCCCCUGCUCCUGCUUAUUCAGCCCCUGCCCCAGCCCCCCAAACCAUUCCGCCCCCAACCUUCCUACUCAGCCCCAGCCCCCCAACCUUCCUACUCAGCCCCAGCCCCUACCUAUCAGCAGCCCGACUCUCUCUACGGUCCUCCCAGAAAUUAAGAAGCUGGCAGCAAGUCUCAACUUCUAUGCAGAUUAUAAUUUAUGUGAGCAAGAAAAUAUACAAGCUAUACAGUACCCGGGUCUAUCAUUACACAUCCUUCAUCAAUCUGAAUGCAUGA